AAUCCUAAUGUUUUGUACAAAUAGACGACCAAAAAUUUCCUUUUGGGGUGAGACUCUCGUGUCUCGUCUCACUUCCUGAAUUUGACAGCGUGUAAACACACACGUUUUGCGCAGAGUUGGACGACUAAGACGAGAAUAUUUAUUUAUACUUAAAGAAUGAGACGGGUCUUCGUCGUGUAUCACACAGCAAAUUCUUUUUUAAUGAGUCGCCAUCAGGACAGUCAGGUUGGCCACAACAUUAAGUACGCCUGCACCAAUGGCACAAGCGAGCAGGAUAGUGAGGGUGAGCGGUCUGCCCACAGACAUUGAUGAAGAGCGGUUGAUCGAUAAACUAUCUGUCCACUUCCUGCGGUCCAGCAAUGGAGGAGGGGAAAUAGAGUCUGUCACCAUUAACAAGAAGAAGCCCGACUGUGCCCUGGUCCACUUUGAAGACAGCGGAGUGGCACAGAGAGUCAUUCAACACGGCCAACACACUCUGAAAGUGGACAGGAAGGAGUACAAGCUCUCUGUCAGCGAGCAUCGUCCCACCCUGGAUCCUGACAAGGUCAUUUUAAGCUUAACAGCGACUGUGGAUUACAGCCAGAUUCCCGAGGGUAGAAGCAUGUUGAUGCGUCUUCAGCAGGACCACCCCGACGUGGAGAUGAUCUGCGACUCUGCCAAGAAGUUGGGCAGACUGCGGGGUGCCUACUCCAAAGUGCAGUCAGCCUUGGCACAGCUGCUGGGCCAUCCUGAAGGCUCAGGUCAAACCUCCGCCAAGCCACUCUUGGAAAGUCCGAUCAAGAACCCUAAAGAGAGAGGAAACGGAAGAGAUCUUCAUCCUCCAUCCUCAGGGGAGGACCUCCCUCUGAUGGUGGAUGCAGACAUCUUCCAGUAUCUCCGGAAACGCUGCGGCCAGGAAUACCAGUGCAUCCAGAGCCAGCACGGCGUUGAGGUGGUGGAUGUGACCAGUGAGGGGCUCACCACCUUGUUUCUGAGAGUAACCGGGGAGGGCGGCGAGGAGAAGCAGGAGCGCAUCAAAAAUGCGAGGAAGGCCAUCGGUGCUCUUUACCAGGAGAGCGAGAGGAACAUCUGCCAAGCUCAGCUACGCAAGACUGACCUGAACCCCAGGGGAAGCUUGAAGCAGGCGUUUGAGAUUUUAGGUGUCAGAUUUCCCAAGCUUCUCCUCAGUGACGAUGACUGCAACGUCUUCAUGGUCGGCGACCGUGGGGAUGUGUCCGAGGCCAAGCAGUUCCUUCUUCAGGAGCAGAAUCAAGCCAACCAGGAAGAUGUCGCCAGUCUUCUGAAAUUCCCAUCUUAUCCCCCGCCGGCCACUGACGUGCACCUUGCAUCUCCUGGCAUCAGAGGACCUCUGGAUGAGAGGAAGGCUCCUCAGGAGAGAAGAUCGAAAGGCAGCAAAUCGUAUCAUUUAGCAGCUCGCCUUAAAGACUCUGCACCGACUCCACUUGGAGACGUCCGUUUACCAGGGUCCACGACCGGCCUUCCAGCAGGUCAUAGGUCAGGAGCAGCAUCAGGGGACUCGAGCGGACAUCCACCAAUGAGGAGUAAAACCGACUCAUUUGUUAGAAAACCCUCUUUGAGCGCAACACCACUUACACCAUCUCGCCCUGGAUCUGCACUGAAGAGAGCACAAAGUUUUUCUGGAGCACUCCAGCAGGGAGAUCAGAAGACUGAAGAGGAUUCCUCAGGAUGUAGACCCAGGACUUGUAGCCUGAGUCCCCAAAAAGACCAACAAGGGCUCUAUCACACAGAGAUGCUGGUGUCAACCGUCCUGUGGCUCCACAUGAAGGAGGCCUACAGCACCCAAGUGGAAGCGCUGACACUGGACCUCCAGAUAAACGAGGAAGCCUCCAGCGGCAGCGUCCAGUCCACCAUCUCCAUCCGUGGAGCCGAGCCACCCGCUGUGGCCGCGUGUGAGCUCCGUUUGCGGGAACUGGUGGAUGCCGUGGCCACGGAUUUCUGCGUGCACGAGCUCUGCCUGUCAGAGCUUGGCAUCGUCGACCCCAAAGACGAGACGCUGCAGGCCUGCUGCGCGGAGGUGCGUCAACACUUCAGGAAGAUUAGCGUGCGUGUGAUGAAGAAGAGCUUGUACCUCCUCGGGUCAAAGCGGCUGUGUGCUCAGGUGGGCGCCUCGCUCAGGGAGGUCUUUUCUGGAGGCAGCACACAAACUCUUGAGGACAAAGCUGGCGCGAGUCCGUCUACCCCCGCCUCUAGUUCCUUUACCUCCGCCUGUAGGCAAAUAAAUCAGGGUCAUGGGAGGCAGACAAAUACUGGGACUUCAACUAAGGCAAGGGUCUCAAACCAUGAGGAGGACCGUCCUGAGACCGAACCCCUUAACGGAUCUGGUGGUCAAAUGGCAGCCAGGACAGACCCGGAUCAGGAUGGACCGAAGACAUCUACAAAAGGACACUUGAAUGAUUCCCAAAGUGAACACCUCCAGGAACCCGACCCCGCUCGUCACGCGCCCGUGGAAGGCAUCUGCGUGUGCGGGGAGAGCGGGACCUCGACAACCAGGACCGAGUGCGGAACCGUCAUGUGCCCCAAGUGCCUGGAUGCCGUGCACGUCCAUUGCAGGGUUUGCCACAGCGGGGCGAAGACGGCGCCGCCGCGCAUCCAGGGGAAGAUGAACCACUGUAAACUCAACUUCAGCCUGCCGGGUCACAACAAGCACGCCACCAUCAAAAUCACCUACCUCAUUCCUGAUGGCGUACAGGAGAAAGAGCACCCGUCCCCGGGAAAACCCUUCCAAGGGGACAUCUUCGAGGCCUUCCUCCCCGACUGCGAGAAGAGCAGGAAGCUGCUACCCAGGCUGGAGGACGCCUUCAGGCGGGGCCUCACCUUCACUGUGACCAGCGAGGAGAAGGGGUCCAAGGUCAUUUGGGACGCCAUCCCGCACAAAACCAGCCUGCAGGGGGGCCGGUCAGGCAACGGCUACCCGGACUCUUCGUACUUGAAACGCUUGUCCGACGUCCUGACCUCACUGGGGAUUGAAGAGCAAGCUGACGAGUUCUGAGACGUGUUUGCGUCCAGCGUUGUAUUUCUUCAUACAGUGUCUUAUUUACUCAACUGCAGAGAGUAUCUGGCUUGUAUUAUUUGUAAAGGGGGAGGCCUUUAUAUCUAAUAAUGCAUUUUUAUAAUAAUAUUGCAUAAUAACAACAACAUACUUUUACAUCUUUUUUCUACAAUUAAUAAUUUGCUUAUCACGCAUUAAGGUUACACUUGAGUUCAUGUUCUGUGUUUAUUUUCGGGUCAAUGCUGCAUUUUUAGGAGCAUACACGAGCACUUUUUCUUGAAUUCCGCAGUAAACGUCAGCUUUACGGAUGCCACGUGUGCUCCAAGGGCGCGCUGUGCUGCGGUAACGACGUCUACUGUAAUGGAAACGUCACCGUGUAGGUAACUACAUCCACCAAGCGGGACCAAGGGCGGAGCCUUUGCGGCAUGGUGUUUAUUGAUUCAAACGGUUGCACAUGGCACAUAUUUGUGGAAGCUCUUUCUGCCACUGAAAGAAAAAAACCCCCAGAUGAGAUAAAAAGCCGAAAUUAAGAGAUAGGAAAGUGACGAUUGUGAGAUAAAACGCCGAAAUUAUGAGACAAAAAGUCCUAAUUAUGAGAUAGGAAAGUCUUUACCUCAUAAUUUUGACUUUUUAUCUCAUCAUUGUGACUUACCAUUGGAAUAUUGUUUUCUUUUGGUGGCGGAAACGGGCUUGCAUAUCUAUUAGCGAGGAGGACAUCAUUUGAGGAAAUAUGGUUUGUUCAUCAUCAACAGGAGAUAUAUUAUCGUAUGUAUUAUUAGUGCCACCACUGUUGCCUUGUGAUCAUUAAAUAUGAGCACAUGUAGUACAUUAAAAAAAUACUUUCAUGCUUUUUUGUUAUGCAUUUUUUUUAUUAGUCCUGGAAAACAUGUAAGGCAUAUGGUAACAUUACACACUGAAGCGUUACAAGCUGUAGAGGCCACGCGAGGCCCACCCAGAGUCGAGCACAGAAAGAAGCAGCAUCAAUUCAAAGGGUUUAAAAAACAAAAGUCUUUUGUGUUUUGGGAGCAAACAAAGAUACACAACACACAUGACAACGGCCUGGGAAAUGUUCAGGGAAUCAAAUUAAAAUGGGGGGUGGGGGAAAGCGUUGCUUGUGGCGCGGCUACGAGAGGCGAAGCAUUCCCAGAGUUAGGUGGCUGCCCAUGCUGGAGGCGGGGCCAACGGAGGAAAGGGGGCGGGGUCACACGAGGCAGUGGCUCGGCUUGGGUUGGCAACUUGACGAGUGACUUUAGCUUAGUGGUCUU